AUGACCCGAAACAGCAGCAGCAGCGGCGGUGGCGGCGGCGGCAGCAGCUGCAAGGUCCAAUUCAACAACCUCAACUGCACGGGCCCGUACCUCCCCGCCGUGGACCGCUCCAUCAUCCUCACCAUCAUCACCGUCUCCAUCGUGGCCACGGUCCUCGGCAACCUCCUCAUCGUCGGCGCCGUCGCCUCGUCGCGCCAGCUGCGCACGCGCGCCAACGCGCUCGCACUCUCGCUCGCCGUGUCCGACCUCCUCAUCGGCCUCCUCAUCAUGCCCGUGAGGAUGCUGGGCACCGUCUACCAGUGCUGGUUCCUCGACGAGGUGCUCUGCCACGUGGCGUACUUCGUCGACUACACGCUCACCACCUCGUCGAUCUUCCACGUGGGCGCCAUCGCCUACGACCGGCACGUGGCCAUCUGCGACCCGCUCCGCUACCCGGCACGGGUCACGAACCGCACCUUGGGGCUGAUGCUGGUGCUCUGCUGGCUCGGAGCGGCCCUCUUCACGGCGCCCACCCUCAUCAGCCUGGUGCCCACGUGGUCGCGCGGCGUCAUCGAGCGCGUGGGCUGCCCGGACGACUGUUCGUUCUUCGUGAGCGUGGGCUUCCACUUCUUCUUCGGCGAGACCACCUACCUCGUCUCGCUCGUCACCGUCAUCGGCGUCUACGCCAAGAUCUACGUGGUGGCUCGCAGGCAGGCGCGGCAGAUCCAAGCCAACACCACCACCAGCAACAGCAACAGCAAAUCCGCGUGGUCCAAUAUGAAACGAGAACACAACGCGGCCAAGACCCUCGGUGCCAUCAUCGGCGUCUUCAUGUUCGCGUGGCUGCCCUUCGUGGUGGUGGUCACCACGACGCCCGGCGUGACGAGCGUCGCCGUCGCCGUGGCGUUGGAGGUCACCAUGUGGAUGGGCUACGCGAGCUCGGCGGUGAACCCGUUCCUAUACGCGCUGCUCAACCGCCACUUCCGCGCCGCCUUCCGCGACGUCCUCUGCCUGAGGGGCGCCACCGGGGACAGGCGGACGGGCUCGGCCGCGGAGCUCGACUGA